AUACGAUUGGAGGACUUAAAUCAUACGUGGACGUCCUCAAUGGCUUAUAGCCUCAACUUUUAUAUAGUAUAGAUUUAAAAAAUAUGAAGUUUGCCAAAAAGAAAAAAUGAAGGGCUGAGAGUAAAGGCUUGUCCUGUUUUUGUGGCUACUAACAAUCCGUCUGAAGGUGCUUGAGAAAUGAAAAUUCUGAUUAGUUGAUGCGCACAGAGAUCCUUAGUAACUAACUGGAGAGAGAUGAUUGUGAUAGCAUCUCCCGUUUUCACCACUCCUUCUCACCUUCUCCUUCGCCACGCUUCUCCCCCUCUUCGCCAUGAAUCAACAAGAAGAAUUCCCCGUUCCCGAAGAAGAAGCGUCUCCGCUACCUCCUCCUCCUCCUCUUCUUUGUUGCCGCCGCCACCUCGUCCGGAUAAAGCGUCGGAGUUAAGGGCUCUUUGGAAGCGAUUCAAGAAAGUGGCGGCUCCUUUCUGGUUUUCAGAGGAUAAAGACCAGGCCAGGCUUCGUCUUGCCUCCGUCUUCGCACUAACUCUGGCCACCACCGGCAUCAGCGUCGGCUUCAAUUUCCUCGGCCGUGAUUUCUACAAUGCUCUCUCCAACAAGGACCAAGAGCAGUUCACCAAGCAGUUGCUCUAUUACCUCUGUGGUUUUGCCGGUGGAAUUCCUUUCUUUGUGCUGAGAGAUUAUGCAAAAGAGACACUAUCACUAAGAUGGAGGUCAUGGAUGACCAAAUACUACCUACAACGCUAUUUGAAAGACCAAACUUUCUACAAGAUUCAGUCCCAAUCCAUGAUUGACAAUCCUGAUCAGCGCAUUGUUGACGACCUCAGUUCCUUCACUUCUACUGCCUUGUCUUUCUCUCUCACUCUCUUCAGCGCCACCAUCGACCUCAUCUCUUUCAGCAACAUCCUCUUCACCAUCUACCCUCCUCUCUUUCUCCUUCUCUUGCUCUACUCCUUUGGUGGUACUGCCAUCAGUGUCUUCCUUGGCAAGGGACUAGUGAAUCUCAACUUUAUGCAAGAGAAGAAGGAGGCUGAUUUUCGUUACAGCCUUGUACGCGUGAGGGAAAAUGCUGAAUCAAUUGCUUUCUAUGGAGGAGAACAAAAUGAGAUGCAGCUUCUACUUCAGCGUUUCAGAAGCGCUUUUGAUAAUUUAACUGAGUUGCUGAUAGCAUCUAGAAACCUAGAGUUCUUCACUGAUGGAUACCGCUACCUCAUUCAGAUUCUUCCUGCUGCUCUUGUUGCCCCUAUGUUUUUCUCUGGGAAAAUUGAGUUUGGUGUUAUUAACCAGUCUGUCUCAGCUUUCAAUCAUAUCCUUGGAGACUUCUCCCUCGUUGUUUAUCAGUUUCAAGCUAUCAGCGCUUUCUCAGCUGUCAUUGAUCGACUAGGUGAAUUUGAUGAUCUUUUGGAUAACAACAUCACCAGAGAUCCCUCUCACGCCAUGGACGAGAUUGAGCUGACGUAUCAGAGUGCGGGGAGUUCUUCUUGGCUAGAUUCCAAUGGUUCAGUCCCGUCUCGACAGAAACAAAAGCUUUUGGAGAUCGAGGAGCUCACUCUUCAGACACCAACAAAUGGAACCACAUUAGUUCACAACUUAAUUGCAGAUAUAUAUGACAAGGAUCAUCUACUGAUAAUGGGUCCUAGUGGGAGUGGUAAAACUUCUCUCCUAAGAGCAAUGGCUGGUCUUUGGAGGUCAGGGAAAGGAAGAAUCACGUUCUACCUCAAUCCUCAAGAUGAGGAGAAAUACGAGAGCCAUGAAAAUUCAGUGAAAAGAAGUCCGGGAGAAGUGUUAUUCCUUCCACAAAGGCCUUAUAUGGUUCUAGGAAGUUUGCGUCAGCAAUUGCUUUAUCCUACCUGGAGUACUAUUAUGGAGGAGGCAACACCUGGACCUGAUGGCAGUAAAAUAGACGGUUCCUCGCCUCCUCUCCUGAAAAGAGAUGAGUGUAAGAAGCCAACAACAGAUGAUCUGAUGCGGACUCUAAAGAAUGUUCGUCUUGGACAUAUAGUAGAUCGGUUUGGUGGUCUUGAUUCGCUUCAUGAGUGGUCGAGUGUGCUCUCACUUGGUGAGCAGCAGCGGCUUGCCUUUGCACGGUUAUUGUUGUGUCAGCCGAAGCUAGCUCUCCUUGAUGAAUCCACUAGUGCUUUGGAUGAAGCUAAUGAGGCACACCUCUACCAGCAAAUCCAGUCAGCUGGGAUUACAUACAUAAGCAUUGGCCAUAGGCAGACGUUAACCAAGUUCCAUAACAAGAUCUUACACAUCUCAACCGCAGAUCCGAAGAGCAUAGAACGGAACUGGAGAGUAGUGGACGUGAAUGCCAAAGAAGAUUCGUUUGAAUCAAUAAGAAGUGCGGACUGAAAAUCCGAUCAAAACCUGAUUUAAUUAUUUUUUACAUAGAGACAAAGAAGAAUCGUGUGUAAAUGAUCUCGUAGACGGCAGUAGUCCCUGAAACAUGCUUUGUCCUGAAACACCCUUUUUGUACAUAAAAGCUGCAAGUAUUGACUGGCGUUUGUUCACGUAAAAGUCAAAGCCAACGUAAGAUCAA